AUGGGAAAUUCUCAGUCUAUUGAAAAGGUGACCACGGUUGUUCAGGAGGGCAUCAAAAUAUAUGAAACAGUAAAGAAGCAGCAGAACCAAGACCAAUACCAACACUAUGAACAACACUAUGUUCAACAACAGACCUCUGUUCAUUACCAACAUUCUCAUGAUGUAGAUGAUGACGACCAAUAUUCUUCUUUGCGUCAAAGAGCACACGAAGAAGCAGAAAAAAGAAAUGAACUCUAUGCUGCAAGUCAAGCAGCUUAUCAAUCCGGAGACGGAGCAGAAGCCAAGCAAUUAUCCAUUCAGGGACAUAAACAUGAUGAACGCAUGAAGGAAUUCAAUCGACAGGCUGCUGAAUACAUUUAUGCAAAAAAAAAUCAGGGACGUCCUCCAAAUGAAAUCGACUUGCACGGGUUAUUCGUGACAGAGGCCAGUGAGAAAGUGGAACAAGCUAUUCAACAUUGCCAAUCUGCAGGCAUGGAUCAUUUAGUGAUUAUUGUGGGAAAGGGUCUUCAUAGUCCUGGACAAAUUGCUAAACUAAAGCCUGCGAUCAUUGAGCUUGUCAGAAAGUACAAUGUGAGUUGUCAACCCAACAUUCCUAAUCCAGGUUGUCUUUAUGUCGAAUUUGGUAAAGGAACGGGUGAUCUCUCUUGGCUUGAUAGAAUUACUGAUAAAAUGGCCAAGGGCGAUGCUUGUGUCAUUAUGUAA